AUGUCCGGAAGACAAGGUGGAAAACUUAAGCCUCUUAAGAAGCCAAAGAAGCAAAACUCAGAUUUAGAUGAUGAAGACCUUGCUUUUAAGAAGAAGCAACAAGAAGAAGCCAAGAGAUUGAAGGAAUUGCAACAAAAGGCUGCAGGAAAGGGCCCUUUAUUGAGUGGCGGUAUUAAGAAGUCUGGAAAGAAAUAA